GUGGUAGUGCUGUGUGAUAUCUUUUGGCCUUGGGUAGAUAUUUGUUCCUUUUCAUUCCUUGAAGUCAUAUACUAUACCGACAACCAUUAUCUACUCAUAUCAUUCUUGCCCCCUUGGUCAUCAUGAUCAACAACAAGGCUGCACUGCUAUUUGCAGCCUAUGCUGGAGUGAGUGGUGUUGUGGCACAGCAGCAGACCACCUGGGGACAGUGCGGAGGGCAAGGCUACGGAGGUCCAACAAAUUGUGUUUCUGGAACGGCCUGCUCAACAUUAAAUUCUUACUAUGCUCAAUGCGUCCCUGCUACCGGCAUAGUCACCAGCACCACCAGAGCUACAGCAACGUCAACCGUGACAAAGUCAACAGUGACAACGUCAGCCAGUGCGUCAGCAAGUGCGUCUCCGCCUCCCGUUGGCUCAGGCACCCAGUUUGCCGGUAUCAACAUUGCUGGAUUCGACUUUAGCUGUUCUACUGACGGAACUUGCAACUUGAACGGUGCCUACCCGCCGCUGAAGAAUUACGACGGCGCAAAUAACUAUCCAGAUGGCGUUGGGCAGAUGCAGCAUUUCGUUAAAGACGACGGAUUCAAUAUCUUCCGUCUCCCUGUCGGUUGGCAGUAUUUAGUCAAUGGUACUCUUGGCGGUACCUUGAACCCUACCAAUAUAGGCUAUUACGAUCAACUUGUUCAAGGAUGCCUGGCCACGGGUGCAUACUGCAUCAUUGAUAUCCACAACUAUGCUCGCUGGAAUACCGGAAUCAUUGGCCAAGGCGGCCCUACAAACGCCCAGUUCGUUGAUGUUUGGACCCAACUGGCUACCAAAUACGCCUCCGAGUCGAAGAUUUGGUUUGGCGUAAUGAAUGAGCCACACGACGUCAACAUCACAACCUGGGCGGCCACCGUGCAGCUCGUUGUUACUGCGAUCCGCAAUGCGGGUGCCACCUCACAAUACAUCUCACUGCCGGGUACUGACUGGCAAUCUGCUGGAAGCAUCAUUUCCGAUGGUGGUGCAGCGGCUUUGGGUGCCAUCACCAAUCCUGAUGGCUCAAAGACCAACUUGAUUUUCGAUGUGCACAAGUACUUGGACUCAGAUAACUCUGGCACCAACUCAGUAUGUGUCACGAACAACAUCGAUUCUGCAUUCUCGCCACUGGCUACUUGGCUUCGCUCGAAUAAUCGCAAGGCCAUUUUAACUGAGACCGGUGGUGGCAACACUUCAUCGUGUGAACAGUAUCUAUGCCAGCAGAUCCAGUACCUCAACCAGAACGCCGAUGUAUACAUGGGAUAUGUUGGCUGGGCUGCGGGUUCAUUCGAUCCUGGCUAUCCAUUGGCAGAGACGCCAGUCCAGAAUGCAGACGGCAGCUGGACUGAUCAGCCUUUAGUCCAGCUUUGCCUUGCUCGUUAGUACAAACUUGUAUAUAGCAAACAUGUAGCCUAUUUAGUAUAUAAAUUUCGUUUUAUGUGCGUAUAUGUACAUAUAUUUGCAUAUAAUAAUUACCAUAGAUGUGUAUUAAGAAUAUGGUAGAGGCCGGAGUUUUCUACUUCAAAUAAUUGAUGUGCGCGUAUCAGAAGACGAUAUAUAGUAUACCGUGAAGCUACGACGACUGAGAAUGCUAUACUCUUUUGAUUCAAUUGUAACUUGGG